AUGCCACCACCAUCUCCUUCAUCAGCCCUAUACCUGAAAUUACUCCCAAAGACCUUCUAUGUGUACCAAAUACCUUCGGAUGCCUCUUAUUCCUCAGGCUUAUUCGAUCACCUUAUGAACGACACGCACGGCGCCGUCAGGGGCGGUGGGCGCACUGCUGGCCCCUUUGCGCGAUUCGUAUCCAUCACCCGUACACGAGAUGAGAUAUCCAUUGUUGUCGAUGAAUCCAUCGAUGCGGAGCUCUCUCGCCACGGCGUGCGGCUAGACCCUUCCAAGAAAAGCCCCUGGCGUUGCGUCGCCGUCAACGGACCGAUGGAGUUUUCCCUUAUUGGGGUUUUGUGUGACUUGACGACACCCCUGAAGCUUGUUGGCAUAUCAAUUUUCGCCAUCUCGACUUGGAACACUGAUUAUUUACUUGUUCCAUACGACAAGGCAGAAGACGCUGUCCAGGCUCUCAAAAACGAUUCUUGGACAUUCACAGAUGACGUGAAUGCCGUUGCCUAGUGAGCAGUGAUCCAGUGAAGGCUACCUACGGAGAACGCGUUUUCAGCACGCACAACUUGUGGAUUCAUUGACGCAUGGUGGCGUGGUGUCAUCCUGAAAUAGGAACAGAUAUCAAGGAAUAGGGAAUGAUGGAAUUGAAACCAUGAUGCGGAUCGCAGGCGUAUGGUAUGGAAGUACAAAAAGAAACCAGAUUAACCGCCCAAAUGUCUGAAUCCCAUAACAUAAGUAGUGGACAGUGGUGAUACAUAAGAAUUCAGCAAGCCAGUGCUCUAAUAGGGGGUUAACAGAGUACAAGUAAUAAUCCAAGUUAAGGUGCUUUGUACUCAGAGAUUCGAUGGAGUCUAAAUGUCGCCGUAAUUUUGGGGCGUCAAGACCGUGAUCUUGCACAGAACACGCCCUCCCGGAUAUUUGCUGUUGUGUAACUUCAACCCGAUGGACCCAGCGCCGAUGAUCGCUUUUGUCCCAGAUGAUUUAACAGG